CAGCGUUUUCAAUCUAAAGAACACGGAAGUGACAGGCAGACGCGGUUGUAACUCUUAGUGAUUACAUUGUUAUAUUAUUACAAUGAAGACAUGAAGUUAUGACAAGCAGUUAGCUAAACCUCAUAUCCGCCAUGUUUAUAUUUAUUUUACCGUUUAAUACAGCCUAACGGACGUCUUUGUUUACUUUGUGACAAACUAUUUCCACUAAUGACGCUCUGCUGAGUUCAUAACUAUGAAACUAACGAUGGAGCAUUAUUUUAUCAUAGCUGUGUUUUUCGUAAGCUUUCCUGUGGGUUUAGCGGCUCAGCAGCCCCACAUCGUCUUCAUCCUGGCAGAUGACUUUGGUUGGUAUGAUGUCGGCUACCACAGCUCAGAGAUAAGCACACCGAACCUGGACAAGAUGUCAGCAGCAGGAGUCCGCCUGGAGAACUACUAUGUUCAGCCUCUGUGCACCCCCUCCAGAAACCUGCUCAUGACCGGGAGAUACCAGAUCCACACAGGCAUGCAGCACCAGAUCAUCUGGCCCUGUCAGCCCUACUGUGUGCCUCUGGAUGAGAAACUGCUGCCUCAGCUGAUGAAGGAGGCGGGCUACGCCACACACAUGGUGGGCAAGUGGCACCUGGGAAUGUACAAGAAGGACUGCCUGCCCACACGCCGGGGCUUUGACUCGUACUUUGGCUACCUGACGGGCAGCGAGGAUUACUUCACUCAUGUCCGCUGUACUCCCAUCCCUGCUCUGAACCUGACACGCUGUGCGUUGGACCUCCGGGAUGGAGAAGAGGUCGCCACCGGAUACAAAGGGGUCUAUUCCACCGAGCUGCUCAGCCAGAGGGCCACCAGCAUCAUUAAACAACACAACUCUAACAAGCCUCUCUUCCUCUACGUGGCGUUGCAAGCAGUCCAUUCACCCCUGCAGGUGCCCGAGCGCUACGUGGCCCCCUACAGUUUCAUCAAAGACCCCCAUCGCAGGCUGUAUGCCGGCAUGGUGUCGGCCAUGGACGAGGCAGUGGGCAACAUCACUCUAGCUUUGCAGCAGGGAGGACUUUGGGACAACACGAUCCUGGUGUUCUCAACAGAUAACGGAGGUCAGACGCUGAGCGGUGGCAGCAACUGGCCCCUGCGAGGGAGGAAGUGGUCGUUGUGGGAAGGAGGGAUCCGGGGAGUCGGAUUCAUCGCCAGCCCGCUACUGAAGCAACCCGGGACCGUCAGCCACGAACUCAUCCACAUCUCCGACUGGCUGCCAACACUUGUUGGUCUGGCAGGAGGGAGCACCAACGGCACAAAGCCACUGGACGGAUUCAACGUGUGGAACACAAUCAGCAAAGGGUUUGCCUCACCCAGACUGGAGCUGCUGCACAACAUCGACCCUCUGUAUAAUGACAUCGCUCCAUGUCCUGGCACCGAGCGUCAGUUAACUUUGGCUCGGGCGGUCAGCGGAGGCUCCUGGGCCAAUUCUGGCUUCAAUGUGUCCAUUCACGCGGCCAUUCGAUCCUCAAACUGGAAGCUGCUGACUGGCUACCCAGGUUGUGACGUUUGGUUUCCGCGGCCCGGACACAAUAACUCCGAGUGGCGCUCCUCCCCGGAGGAUCCUCUGAAGUCUGUGAUGCUGUUUGAUAUAGAGAAAGAUCCAGAGGAGAGGAAUGAAGUAUCGGAUACCUUCCCCACAGUAGUGGAGUAUCUCCUCAGUAGACUCCACCAAUACCAGACAAGUGCUUUGCCGAUAAACUUCCCCGACAAUGACCCCAAAUGUGACCCUGGCACCACUGGAGCCUGGGGACCCUGGGCUUAGAUGGUCAUGAUGAAGGAUGUAGCACUUUGUUUACUGUGAAUUACAGCAGCAGGAAUCUCUUCUGUGGAGAAGAAGAGACGUUUUACAGACAUUUAAAUGUAUGAUGAGUGGAUUUGAAUGCAUUUCAACUAAAACCCAGUGAGUUUAAAAGCAGAUCCGGAUCAUGGGGCGGAUUCACGCGUUAUUUUUAACUUUUGUUUACAUUCCCAGACAGGACAUUUGGCCUUGGCGGAGGUCUUCGUUCUCCGAGUGACCUUCUAGUUCACUAUGUGACCAACUACAUUCUUUACCUUUUCAGCAACCAAUGGAGAAACUCCGUCAUUAACUGACUGAUACUGCCGUUAUAAUGGAUCUGUGUCUAAGCUCUUUCAGAGGUUUAGUUAAAGCGACUGUGUAAACGCUGUUUGUUCCACAUGUUGCUGAUUUGUAAAGACUAUACCUCCCUGCUGUUUCAGGUAUUUGCUCUUCAUCUAUCUGCCGUUGAGAAGCUGCAGGCGCUUCGUAUGCGUCAAAGACAACGGCUAUAUUUCCCUGUGGUGUCUUGUUGGACGUUUUUAAGGAUUUUACAGGAGAGAACAAAAUGUUAGAUGUGUUCAGAGAUGCACAUGAUGUCAUCAAUAUCGUCAUCAAACCCACAGAGAGAUAUCAGAAGACUCCCCUCAGCCCUGCAGUGUUUUAGCACCUUUUAGCUCAUUGUUUUGGUUCAUUCUCAACUCAUCUGCUUCUUUUCUAUCAGCAGCAGGAACUUAUUUUAAAGCUCUGGUACGCUACCGCUACAAGCACCAAACCGCAGAUGACCAAAGUUAGUAUCCAGCUGCCGGUUGGUGGAGACUUAUAGCAGCAGGUUAAAUCUUUCUAUAAAUGAAACCAAUAUUUAAAUAUACAUUUUCUACAGACUGUUUCACUCAGCUCAUGCUAUUCAGCCUCCUGCGCAGUCUGUGGACAUCCAUUAGAUCACGAAGAACAAACUGCUGGACAAAAUGUCUUUAGGGAACUAUACGUGAUCCAAUCACAGAGCAAUGUACACGAUAAUGAGGCCACAUUUAGCAUAGACAUAGCUAAAGGCAGAGUGAAUACAUUCACCAGGUUAUCAGAAACAUGACUGAUAAUGUUGCUAAGCUACUGUUUGCUAAGAGGAGCUCUGUAACGUGAUGUCAGUGUUGUGUUUGCAUCAUUGCAUUGACCCUAAAUAGCAGAAAUGUCUUUUCUAUACUUUUUUCCCCCCUUAAGUUAAUUGUGGACACUUUGUAAGUGUCCACUGGUCAAAGCUUAUGAUGUGUUUUGUGCAGGAAAACAAACGAUAUAUAAUAAAGUUGUGAAGUUUGCAGUAAAAUGUUUUGUGAAAGACUGAAACAUGGUGAAUCUGUGCGCUAAUAUUCAGCUAAUUGUAAAAGUGCUUAGUUUUUACUUGUUCCCCUUCCAGUUUCCCUAAAGCUAAAGAGGAUGUGCUCGGUGGGUUAGCUGUGUAUUUCUGUUUAGAGGUUGAAUGUGAGGAAUUUCUUCACAAGCACUUCACGUAUCCCUCUUGUUAUGGCUUCAGCAUUAACUCCCACAUGCCAGUCAUUCAUGAAUGCACAGUUCUCAAGGGGAAUGAUAUAAAGUUAUAGUAAUACAUCUUAUAUCU